GCGUUCCAGCUGACUUCCGCCCUUACUGCUACAGCCGACUUCCGGAUUGUUCCUUUUCAAGAACCGGAAGGGGUUUCUCCUCACUCUCAGCUUCCGAGUCACUGAGGUGAGCUCAUCACAAAGGAGACGUCAUUGCUUCUUGCGGCCGAGAAUUGGUGUUUGAGGAACCUGAGUCUUUUAUAAAAGUCACCUUGAGGGUGAGACACCUCCUGUAUACUGAUUCACUGAGGAUGGACAAGCACAGACGACACCUGAGUGAGAGGAUAUUAUCUGUCACCCUGGAGAUCAUCCAUCUUCUGACUGGGGAGGAUUACACAGUAGUGAAGAAGACAUCUGGUGAGUGUGAGACACCCAGCAGCCGUCCCGGUGUGUCAGGAGGACUCAGCAGGAUCCAGAGCCCCAUCACGGUGCCUCCACCUCACUCACUGAUACAUGAGAGGCACAAUGACCAGAAGAUUUUGGAACUCACCAACAAGAUCAUUCAGCUGCUGACUGGAGAGGAGGGGGAGUAUAUUGAGGAACACAGGGGUCUGUACAAGGACGUGAUGAUGGAGAAUCACCUGCCCCUCACAUCACUGGGUAAGAGGAGACGGUCAUAUAUUGUACAGAGGAGAGCAGGUGGGCCCAGUAACAGAGAUACCCCAGAGAGAUGUCCCCGUCCUCUGUAUUCCCAGGACUGUACAGAGGAGAAUCACAGGAUCCCACAGGAGGAUCAGAUUGAAGACCUGACUGGUAUUAAGGCAGAAACUAUAGAGAAAGAAGAAGAGACGUAUGUGACUGAUAUGAAGGCAGAAGAUAUAGAGGGAGAAGAAGAGACAUAUGUGACUGAUAUGAAGGCAGAAGAUAUAGAGGGAGAAGAAGAGACGCAUGUGACUGAUAUGAAGCUAGAAGAUAUAGAGGGAGAACAAGAGACGUAUGUGACUGAUAUGAAGGCAGAAGAUACAGAGGGAGAAGAAGAGACGUAUGUGACUGAUAUGAAGGCAGAAGAUAUAGAGGGAGAAGAAGAGACGCAUGUGACUGAUAUGAAGGCAGACGAUAUAGAGGUAGAAGAAGAGACGUAUGUGACUGAUAUGAAGGCAGACGAUAUAGAGGGAGAAGAAGAGACGUAUGUGAGGGGUGAUCAGCAGUGUAAGGAGGAGGAAAUCCCUACAGCUAUCAGCACAGCCGAUGGAAACCACCACUGGAAUACAUCAGAGGAACAUCUCCGUUUAUCUCCAGAUGAUAAAAUAGAAGAUAACAUCAUAACACAAGAUACUUCAGGAGAAAACCCUCUUACCUCAAUUAUACAUUCAGUCUCUCAUAGUGCAGAUAUAUCAUCAGCUACUUCUAAACAUGAGGAAUGUUAUCCUGAUAACACAGAUCUUGGUCCAUCUAUCACAGCUCUCAGAGUAGAUAGGGUGUUUCCCAGUUCUAUAGAUGGCAGAUGUUUUACACAAAGCACAAAGCUUAUAUCCCAUCAGUCAGUUAAGACAGGUGAGAGGCCAUUUAUAUGCUCUGAGUGUGGAAAAUGUUUUGCACACAAAUCAGUUCUUGUUAUACAUCAGAGAAUUCACACAGGUGAGAGACCAUUUCCAUGCUCUGAGUGUGGGAAAUGUUUUAUAUACAAAUCACAUCUUGCAACACAUCAGCGGAUUCACACAGGUGAGAAGCAAUUUCCAUGUUCUGUUUGUGGGAAAUGUUUUGCUGAGAAAUCAUAUCUUGUUAGGCAUCAGAGAAGUCACACAGGUGAGAAGCCAUACCCAUGUUUUAUUUGUGGGAAAUGUUUUAUACAGAAAUCAGAUCUUGUUAGACAUCAGCAACAUCAUACUGGUGAAAAGCCAUUUCCAUGUUCUGAGUGCGGGAAAUGUUUUACACAGAAAUCAUAUCUUGUAAGACAUCAGAGAAGUCACACAGGUGAGAGGCCAUUUCCAUGCCCUGAGUGUGGGAUAUGUUUUAUGCACAAAUCACAUUUUGUUACACAUCAGCGAAGUCACACAGGUGAGAGGCCAUUUCCAUGUUCUAUGUGUGGAAAAUGUUUUAUACAGAAAUCACAUCUUGUUACACAUCAGAGAACUCAUACAGGUGAGAAUCCAUUUCCAUGCUCUGAGUGUGGGAAAUGUUUUAGACAGAAUUCUGAUCUCGUUACACAUCAGAGAAGUCACACAGGUGAGAAACCAUUUCCAUGCCCUGAAUGUGGGAAAUGUUUUGCAGAUAAAUCAGCUCUUGUUAGACAUGAGAAGUGUCACACAGGUGAGAGGCAAUUUCCAUGCUCUGAGUGUGGGAAAUGUUUUACACGGAAAUCACAUCUCAUUACACAUCAGAAAAUGCACAGAAGAAGAAAGCAACAUUAUAUUAAGAACCACUGGUCUUUGGACUUGAUCCAGGAUGUUAAGGACAUUUAUGUUGUGGCAGGGACAGCAGAAUUCCAUAUGAAAGACAUACAGGGCCCCGGAAUUGUUGAUGCCUUCACCAAGAUCUUUAACGAAGUCACCGAUGUGGAACCGGACAAUGUUAUAUUGUUUGAUCGGGUCCACCGGGUGCUGCACCCAAAGGGACUUUCAUCUGAGGAUCCUAGAGACAGCAUCUGUCUCCUCCACUAUUACCAUGUCAAGAAGGAGGUACUCACCAACCCCCACAAGCUAGAUCGUCUUGAAAUCAAUGAGGCUGAGGCAUCCAAAACCCCUCCUGGGGCUAUGGCCUUCGAGACCCCUCCUGGAGUUAUGACCUUCGAGAUCCCUGCUGAGGUUAUGACCUUUGAGACCUCUCCUGGGGUUAUGGCCUUCGAGACCCCUUCUGGGGUUAUGGCCUUCGGGACCUUUGCUGAGGCUGUGACCUUCGGAACCUCCGCUGAAGCUGUAGCCUUUGGAACCUCCGCAGAUGGAAACCACCACUGGAAUACAUCAGAGGAACAUCUCCGUUUAUCUCCAGAUGGUAAAAUAGAAGAUAACGUCAUCACACAAGAUUCUUCAGGAGAAACCCCUCUUACCUCAAUUAUACAUUCAGUUUCUCAUAGUGCAGAUAUAUCAUCAGCUACUUUUAAACAUGAGGAAUGUUCUCCUGAUAACACAGAUCACAUAGAUCUUGGUCCAUCUAUCACAGCUCUUAGAGUAGAUAAAGUGUUUCCCAGUUCUAUAGAUAGGAGAUGUUUUACACAGAGCACAAAGCUUAUUAGCCAUCAGCCAGCUAAGACAGGUGAGAGCCCAUUUCCAUGUUCUGAGUGUGGGGAAUGCUUUGCACGCAAAUCUAUUCUCGUUACACAUCAGAGACAUCACACAGGUGAGAAGUCUUUACCAUGCCUUGAAUGUGGGAAAUGUUUUCCACACAGAUCAGCUCUUGUUACACAUCAGAGACAUCACACAGGUGAGAGACCAUUUCCAUGCUCUGAGUGUCGAAAAUGUUUUAUGCACAAAUCACAUCUUGUUACACAUCAGAGACGUCACACAGGUGAGAAACCAUUUCCAUGUUCUGAGUGUGGGAAAUGUUUUAUACAGAAAUCACAUCUUGUUACACACCAGAGAUAUCACACAGGUGAGAGACCAUUUCCAUGCUCUGAGUGUGGGAAAUUUUUUGCAGAUAAAUCAUCUCUCAUUAAACAUCAGAGACAUCACACAGGUGAGAGACCAUUUCCAUGCUCUGAGUGUGGGAAAUGUUUUGCAAGCAGAUCUAUUCUCAUUACACAUCAGAGAAGUCACACAGGUGAAAAACCAUUUCCAUGCCCUGAGUGUGGGAAAUUUUUUGCAGGCAAAUCUAUUCUUGUUAGACAUAAGAUAAGUCACACAGGUGAGAGGCCAUUUCUAUGCCCUGAGUGUGGGAAAAGUUUUACACAGAAAUCAUGUCUUGUUACACAUCAGAGAAGUCACACAGGUGAGAAACCAUUUCCAUGCCCUGAGUGUGGGAAAUGUUUUACACGCAACUCUAUUCUUGUUAGACAUAAGAGAAGUCACACAGGUGAAAGGCCAUUUCCAUGCACUGAGUGUGGGAAAUGUUUUACACGGAAAUCACAUCUUGUUACACAUCAGAAAAUUCACAAAAGAGGAAAGCAAGUUUCCGGAGAGGUCUCCAUAGACAGUUUAUUCUCUGAAAAGUUUGGGAAGGGAAAUUUGCGGGUUAGUAAGAGUAAGAAGGACGUCGUCAGCAAAAAGGGAGAGUUUAUAUUGCGACUCUUUAAUGGUGAAGCCCGAUACAUCCGGCUGACUGGAGAGGAGGGGGAAUAUAUAGAGGAACACAGGGGUCUGUACAAGGACGUGAUGAUGGAGAAUCACCGGCCCCUCACAUCACUGGAUGGGCCCAGUAACAGAGAUACCCCAGAGAGAUGUCCCCGUCCUCUGUAUUCCCAGGAUUGUACAGAGGAGAAUCACAGGAUCCCACAGGAGGAUAAGGAUAAAGACAUGAUUAGUAUUAAGGCAGAAGAUACAGAGGGAGAAGAAGAGACGUAUGUAACUGAUAUGAAGGCAGAAGAUAUAGAGGGAGAAGAAGAGACGUAUGUGACUGAUAUGAAGGCAGAAGAUAUAGAGGGAGAAGAAGAGACGUAUGUGAUGGAUGUGAAGGCAGAAGAUACAGAGGAAGAAGAAGAAACGUAUGUGAUGGGUGAUCAGCAGUGUAAGGAGGAGGAAAUCCCUACAGAUAUCAGCACAGCAGAUGGAAACCACCACUGGAAUACAUCAGAAGAACAUCUCUGUUUAUCUCCAGAUUGUAAAAUAGAAGAGAACGCAAGAACACAAGAUUCUCCGGGAGAAAGCCCUGUUACCUCAAUUAUAUAUUCAGUCUCUCACAAUGCAGAUAUAUCAUCAGCUACUUCUAAACAUGAGGAAUGUUCUCCUGAUAACACAGAUCUUGGUCCAUCUAUCACAGCUCUUAGAGUAGAUGGGGGUUUUCCCGGUUCUAUAGAUGGUAGAUGUUUUACACAGAGCACAAGGCGUAUUAUCCAUCAGCCAGCUAAGAUGGGUGAGAGCCCAUUUCCAUGCUCUGAGUGUGGGAAAUGUUUUGCAUGCAAAUCUAUUCUCAUUAAACAUCAGAGACGUCACACGGGUGAGAGACCAUUUCCAUGUUCUGAGUGUGGGAAAUGUUUUGCACAGAAAUCAGAUCUAGUUAGACAUGAGAGAUCGCACACAGGUGAGAAACCAUUUCCAUGUUCUGAAUGUGGGAAUUUUUUUGCAUGCAAAUCUAUUCUCAUUAAACAUCAGAGACGUCACACAGGUGAGAGACCAUUUCUAUGUUCUGAGUGUGGGAAAUGUUUUACACAGAAAUCACAUCUUGUUACACAUCAGAAAAGUCACACAGGUGAGAAACCAUUUCCAUGCUCUGAGUGUGGGAAAUAUUUUACAUUGAAAUCGGAUCUUGUUAGACAUGAAAGAACUCACACAGGUGAGAAACCAUUUCCAUGUUCUGAAUGUGGGAAUUUUUUUGCAUUCAAAUCUGUUCUCAUUAAACAUCAGAGACGUCACACAGGUGAGAGACCAUUUCCAUGUUCUGAAUGUGGGAAAUGUUUUACACAGAAAUCACAUCUUGUUACACAUCAACGAAGUCACACAGGUGAGAAACCAUUUCCAUGCUCUGAGUGUGGUGAAUAUUUUAAAUUGAAAUCAGAUCUUAUUAGACAUGAAAGAUCUCACACAGGUGAGAAACCAUUUCCAUGUUCUGAAUGUGGGAAAUUUUUUGCAUGCAAACCUGUUCUCAUUAAACAUCAGAGACGUCACACAGGUGAGAGACCAUUUUCAUGCUCUGAAUGUGGGAAAUGUUUUGCACGCAGAGCUAUUCUCGUUAUACAUCAGAGAGGUCACACAGGUGAGAAGCCAUUUCCAUGCCCUGAAUGUGGGAAAUGUUUUGCAGAGAACUCAGCUCUCGUUAAACAUCGGAGACGUCACACAGGUGAGAGACCAUUUCCAUGCGCUGAAUGUGGGAAAUGUUUUGCACGCAGAGCAAUUCUCGUUACACAUCAGAGAAUUCACACAGGUGAGAAACCAUUUUCAUGCCCUGAGUGUGGGAAAUGUUUUACAUGCAAAUCUAUUCUUGUUAGACAUGAGAGAAGUCACACAGGUGAGAGGCCAUUUCCAUGUUCUGAGUGUGGGAAAUGUUUUACACAGAAAUCAUAUCUUGUUACACAUCUGAGAAGUCACACAGGUGAGAGGCCAUUUCCAUGCUCUGAGUGAGGGAAAUGUUUUCUAUGGAAAUCAAAUCUUGUUUCACAUCAGAAAAUUCACAGAAGGGGAAAACAACUUUAAUGAACUGAUAGAUAUGAAGCAUCAAUACUUUAUUGUGAAAGCUAAUAAAAAUGAUCUAAAACUAA